AUGGACCAUUUUGUGUUCUUUCUCUUUUUUCUAUACCUUGUUGGUAUUGUGGUUACAUCACCUAUUCCUCAUGAAGACCCAGAAUGGAAAAAUGACCUUGACAAUAACCAGAAUUUAGAAUGGCAUCAAUUCCCCUCUACAACAGCAGAAAAACGCUCAUUUAUUCUAAAAUAUCCUGAUGAUAAAGAAAUUCUACAAUCAUCUGAACAGCAUUCUGCUCGUUUAAUAGGCACCGCACAUUUAGCUUCACGAGAUUCACCAUCUUGUCUUACUUUUACCUAUGAAAUAACUGGUGAUAAAACAAACAAAUUGUCUAUUUUUAUUGAUAAACAACAUAUUUGGCGUAGUCGAUUAGUUCAAGAACAUACUCAAACUCAAGUUCAGUUGAAUAUUUCAUCUUCAACAACACCUGGUUUAACAAGAACAGCAACUCGUAUUGCUUUCGAUGGACAAUUAACAGACAAUGUAGAAAUUAAAUUAGAAGAUAUGUUAAUCAAUCAUCAACCAUGUCCUUCAUCUAUAAAAUCGUCUCCUUCUCGAACAAUUCGAUCACUAACAUCAAAAACUGUUCCUGGUUAUGAUUGUACAUUUGAACAAGACAUGUGUGGUUGGACACAAGGUCAAAAUACUACUCUCGAUUGGUUUCGUGAACAACCAGCAUCAAAUCCACUUGCUGAUGUUAUUGGUCCCUUAACUGAUCAUACAUAUGGAAAUUCAACUGGAUAUUAUGUUACCUGUAGAAAAGAAAUUCCAGACAUUCGUUUUUCAGAUAUUGAUAUAUCAGCGCUAGUUAGUCCACGUUUACCAGAUAAUACAGCAGGUCCAAUGUGUGCUGAUUGGUGGUAUAUGAUGCAUGGUACAGAUGAUAUUGAAUUAAAUCUUUUCUUAGUUGCUAAUGAAAAUUUUACUUCACCAAAAUCUUUUUGGAGACGAUCAGGUAAUCAAGGACGUCAUUGGCACCAUGGUCGAGUACAAAUUGAUCCAGGAAAUCAAAUAACACGUGUUAUGUAUUAUAUUUUUGCAAGAUGGAAUAUUCGAUCAGAAGUUUCAUUAGAUGAUCUUACACUUAUUGAUGGACCAUGUAUUAAAUCAGAUUUUUAUACAAUUGAUUGCACAUUUGAAGAAGAACAUAUUUGUGGAUAUUUAUCUGAUCCAACUGGACAAUUUCCAUGGAAUAGAGGUCAAGGCUCAACACCAUCAACAUUAACUGGUGCUAGCCAAGAUCAUACACUAGGAACAGCACAGGGUCAUUUUAUGUAUAUUGGUAAUCCACAAAAAGCGGGUUACAAAGCACGAUUAAUAUCAGUUGUUGAAGAACCAGAAAAAGGUCGAUGUUUAGAAUUUUGGUAUCAUAUGUACGGUCAAAAUAUUGGUCAAUUAAAUGUUUAUGUAAAUACAAAUAUAUCAAAUAAUGAUGUACGUACACUUCUAUGGUCACGUGGUGCUAAUAUUGGUGAUGUAUGGCGUAAAGCUCAUGUUUCAACUGAAUAUACAGUAUCAUUUCGUAUUAUAUUUGAAGGUGUUAUUGGUAAUGGUAUCGAAGGUGAUAUUGCAAUCGAUGAUAUUCAACGUUUAAGUAAAUCAUGUAAAGAACCAAAUAAUUGUGAUUUUGAAGAUGAUAAUUUAUGUGGAUGGGAAAAUAUUAAAACUGAUCAAUUUGAUUGGGAGAUAACAAGUGGUGCAUCAUCAACAGGGACAUUUGCUAGUGGUCCAUUUCAAGAUCAUACAUUCGGAACAGAUGAGGGUUCAUAUGCAUAUAUUGAUACAAAUAAAAAUCGAAAUAUGAAUGAUACAGCUAUACUUGUUUCACAAUCAAUGACAAGUACUGAUGUCAAUGGAAUGUGUCUAGAAUUUUUCUAUCAUAUGUAUGGUCCAGGGGUUGGUAGAUUAACAGUUUAUUUACAAAUGGAAGGUUUUCAACCAUUGCCAAUGUGGACAUUGGCAGAUGAACAAGGAGAUGCUUGGUUUCAAGGAAAAGUUGGUUUUGCUGCCAAUAAUGAUCAUUCAAUUUUAAUCGAAGGUAAAACAACUCAAUAUGGAGAAGGUGAUAUUGCUCUUGAUGAUAUAUCAAUAACCAAUGGAUAUUGUACAUUACUUCCACAACAUGCUGUACCGGAAUCUAGUUUAAUAACAACAGCAGCACCAUCAAUAACAACUGUAACAACACCAUCACAUCCACCAACAACUUUUGACUGCGAUUUUGAAAGUGCUGCAUGUGCAUCAUGGAGUAUCAUUUCUAAACCUGAACUUGCUUGGACACGAGCACAAGGUGUAGUGGCAACACAAGAAGAUGCACAUAAUCCAAUAUAUGAUCAUACAGGAAAUCAAGCACAUGGAUAUUAUCUUUUACUCAAACCUAAUACAACAACACCAUUUCCUAAUAAUAAUAUUACAAGUGAAUUACGAAGUUCAACAAUGACUGAUAAUCCUCAAUGUUUAGAAUUUUGGUAUUUUAUGUAUGGUCCACAUGUUGGUACUUUAAAUGUUGAAAAAUUUUCAGGAGCAUUUUCACAAUUACGUUGGUCAACAACAGGUGGAAAAGGUUAUGAAUGGUAUCAUGCACAAGUUAAUCUUCAAUCAUCAACAAGCAAUCCAACACAAUUUAAUAUUGCUAUUGAAGGUACUUGGUCAGGAGAUAAUCGUGGUUCAAUUGCUAUUGAUGAUAUUAUUCUUCUUAAUGGUACAUGUCGAACAUCAUCUUAUCAAUGUAAUUUUGAUUCUGAUGAUUCAAUUUGUGGAUUUCAAUAUGGUACAACAGGACAAUUCAAUUGGACACGUAGUUUAGCAUCUAUUGUUCAAGCAGGUGUUAAUCCAGAUGUUGAUCAUACAACUCAAACACGUGAAGGUUACUAUAUGUUAGCUGAAGGAAAAAAUCGUAAUGCAAAUGAUCGUGCAUUACUAUUAACACCAAUUCAAGAUCGUACAACUGGUUCAUGUUUACAUUUUUGGUAUUUUCAACAUGCAGCAACAAAACAAAUGAAAUUAAAUGUUUAUGUACUAUCACAAAGUUCAAUUCUUUGGUCUCAUGAUGGUAGUUUAGAUAAUCGUUGGUUAUAUGCACAAAUAAAUAUUAAUAGUCCAAGUCAACCAUGGCAAGCCGUGUUUGAAAGUGAACUUCUAGCACAAAAUCCCGAUGCUAGUGUUGCUAUUGAUGAUGUAUCAAUUACAAGAGGAUUAUGUCCAAAACCAGGAGAUUGUACAUUUGAAAGUGGUUUAUGUGGUUGGACAAAUGGUGAUAGUGAUUCAAAUAUGGAUUGGUUUGUUGGACAAGGUAUACAUUCAUUUGGAACUGGACCACAAUACGAUCAUACAACAAAUACAGCACAAGGAAAAUAUUUAAUGAUUGAGACAUCAUGGCCAACAGAAGAAGGUGAUCGUGCGCGAUUACAAAGUGUUGUUUUUGAUGAAACAAAUGGAGAUUCUCGAUGUUUUCGAUUUUGGUAUCAUAUGUAUGGUGAUCACAUUGGAACAUUAAAUGUUUAUCUUUUCAAUGGUACAUAUACACGUUUAUGGUCAUUAUCGGGUGAUCGUGGUAACAAUUGGUAUGAAGGUCAAGUUUCAUAUGUUUCAUCAAUUCGACAUCAAAUUAUUGUUGAAGGUAUUGCUGGAAUAGAUUAUUUGGGUGAUAUAUCAAUUGAUGAUUUUACAUUUACAACAAGCAAUUGUUCAAUUCGACCAAUUCAUGAUGCAGUACCAACAGUUGAAACAACUAUGCCAUCAACAACAACUACACUUCGAACAACUUUAGCACCACAAUCAUCAUUGGAUUGUAAUUUUGAACAAGGUGUUCUUUGUUCAACAUGGUCAUAUGAUGUGUCUGCUGAUUUUCGAUGGGAAGUAAGCCAAGGUCAAACAUCAUCAGCUAAUACUGGACCUUCAGUUGAUCAUACUUAUGGAACACCAAGUGGUUGGUAUAUAUAUAUGGACGCUAGUUAUCCACAACAAUCUAAUCAACGUUGUCGUAUACAAACAGAAGAAAUCGAAGGACAACGAUGUAUACAAUUUUGGUAUCAUAUGUAUGGUAUGGAUGUUGAUACAUUAAAUAUUUAUAUUAAAAUAAAUGGUCAACUUAAUAAACCAGUUUGGACACGAUCUAGAAAUCAAGGUAAUCUAUGGUUGAAAGGACAAUAUGCAGUAUUUCCACCAGCAAAUACAAAAUAUCAAAUUGUAUUUGAAGGCAUUGUUGGACAAUCUUAUCUCGGUGAUAUUGCUCUUGAUGAUAUUGUUGUUUAUACUUCAUGUCGAAAUGAGAAUCGUCUUUGUACAUUUGAAGAUGCAUCAAUAUGUAAUUAUGUUAAUGAUGCUUCAACACAAUACAAUUGGGUACGUACAACUGGUGAUGAUCCAUUAGCAAGUGGUUCUAAACCAACAGCUGAUCAUACAGAUGGAACAAGUAAUGGUGCAUAUAUGCUUAUUGAUAUUUCUAAACCAUCAGCAACAAUAUCAAAUCAACGAGCUCGUCUUAUGUCACAAACAACAAGUUCUAAUGGAGAGCAAUGUAUUGAAUUUUGGUAUUAUACAGAUGCUGACAUACUUAAUACAUCAUCAAAAUUAAAUUUAUUUAUACGAUCAAGUACAACAACAUCGAAUUCAUCUGAUUAUUUAAUUUGGUCAAGAAGUAUUUCCAACGAACGUCAAUGGCGUAUUUCACAACAACGUAUUCCACAUGGUCUUGCUCUAUCACCAUAUCAAGUUAUUUUUGAAGGUGUUGUUUAUAAAUCCGGUGCCACUUCACCAGUUAUUGCUAUUGAUGAUGUUUUCAUUCGUGAUCGAGCUUGUCUCGAACCAGGCAACUGUGAUUUUGAAAAUGGAAUGUGUACAUGGAUGUCAUUGUUACAUUUUGGAAAUGCUAGUUGGGUUAUUGGCUCAGGUUCAUCACCAUCACCUUAUAGUGGACCUCAAAAUGAUCAUACUUUAGGAAAUACCCAAGGUCAAUAUCUCUUGUUGAAUUCAUUAUUCACAACUCAACAGACAGCAGUUGCCGUUAUUCAAACUGAAAUGUUUGAACCAACAUCACGUGCUGGUCGUUGUAUAACAUUUUGGUAUGUUAUGCGUGGUAGUCAAUUAGAUCAUGUUGAUGUUAAUAUUACAAGUACACAAGGAUCAACAAUGAUAUGGUCAUUUGGUACUGAUGAUCAAGGUGAAUCAUGGCAUUUUGCUUCAGUUGGUUACUAUGCAGAUAUUGAACAUAAUAUUGUUAUCGAAGGAACUGUUACUGCACAAAUGCAAGGUUAUUAUGCAAUUGAUGAUAUUGGUAUUCGCGAUAAUUAUUGUGAAACACAUCCAACAAAUGCAGUUGUAACUAUUUUAACUACAACAACCACAAUAGCGACAACAACAGCAACAACCACAAUAGGAACAACAACAAUAACAACCACAAUAGCGACAACCACAAUAGGAACAACAACAAUAGGAACAGCAACAAUAGCAACAACCAUAACAGCAACAACCACAAUAGCAACAACAACAAUAACAAUAACAGAGACAACAACAACAGCGAUAACAACAACAACAUCAGCAAUAGAAGUAACUCCUCCUUCAGAAGAUGAACCAAACUUGGCAUUGAUUUUUGGUCUUUCUAUGGGUAUUGGUAUUCCCGCGUUACUUUUGAUCAUUGGUGGUCUUAUUUGUUAUUUAAAAACACGUUUCCCUAAUGCCAAAGUUGAACCUGCUGCUGCUACAAAUACUGCACUUGGUGCUGUUACUGAUAUUCCAAUGGUGCCAAUUAAUACUACAGAGAAGAACAGUACUUUAGUAGCUGUAGUAGUUUAA